UCAAGACAAAAGCUUGCAUGGAUUGCAAUAGGCCAAACCUUGCCCAUUACCUACUAUACAAAUCUCCGUGCUAAAAGCAACAAUGCUCACAGCAUUGAAGCUGAAGAUCAAUCACAUCAAGUUAAUAGUUUGGAACAACCAGACUGCCAAGAAAUAAGCAUGGAUGAUUUCAUUUUGGUGGAGACUGAAGAGAGAUUGGAACAAGAACAUAUACAAGAAGGUAUUACAGCAGUAAAUAGAGCCUGUGAGUCAUUGGUUGAGAAACUGAAGUCUACAGGUGAUAAGAAUUUGUCCAAAGGUAUGAAACAGUUCUCAGCCUGUUUGAUGAAGUUAAGCAGUGUAAUGCCUGGAAGCCUAGUAUCUGCACUUUUCAACUUUGGCACUGAUGAAUUGAGAAGUACCAGAACUGGCAAAAAAUUAAAAUCCAGCCUGGCAGAAAACGAAAGUCAAACAAUGGUAGCCGUCAAAAGCUGUCGCUAA